AUGCAUGACAAUGUAGACAUCACCCGUGAACUACAUGAGACACAGCAACUCUUUGAUUCUGUUCUGUUGACCCUUGGUCAAGGGGACGGAGGAAUGUCAGGACAAACGGAUGAAACUCUCUUUGAAAUUGCCACAGAUAUUUUAGCUAAGUUACCCAAUGAUUUCAAUAUUGAGGCUGGGGUUCAAAAAUAUCCUGUUGUUUACUCAGAAAGUAUGAACACUGUCCUUGUACAAGAAAUGGAAAGAUUUAACAAAUUAAUGCAGAUCAUCCGUUCAAGUCUGCAAAGUCUUCAGAAAGCCAUCAAAGGCCUGGUUGUUAUGUCUGCCACUCUGGAGGCAGUAGCUUCCAGCCUUCUCAUUGGCAGGGUGCCAGCCAUGUGGGCUAAACGCUCAUACCCAUCUCUUAAACCACUGGGCAGUUACAUUCAAGAUUUUCUUGACCGACUGAAGUUUUUACAGCAUUGGUUUGAUAAUGGCAAACCCCAUUCCUUCUGGGUGUCUGGCUUCUUCUUUACCCAAGCUUUUCUCACUGGAGUCAUGCAGAAUUAUGCCAGAAAGUACACCAUUCCUAUUGAUACCCUGGCAUUUGACUUUCAAGUAUUGCCUAUGAGUAGCUGUGACAAUUCUCCAGAUGACGGAGCUUACAUCUAUGGCCUAUUUUUGGAUGGGGCCAGAUGGAACCGAGAAGAAGGAUUAUUGGCCGACCAAUUACUUCGCAUCCUGGUGGAAGCAAUGCCAAUCAUUUGGCUGAAACCCAGCAACAAAGACACCAUCAGUGAAGACAAUGAACGCUAUGAGUGCCCAGUCUAUAAGACAAGUGAAAGGAAAGGCACUCUCUCUACAACUGGUCAUUCCACAAACUUUGUGCUGUCCAUUCUGCUUGACACAAACAAACCUGUUCAACAUUGGAUAAAGCGAGGCACAGCCUUGCUUUGCCAGACUGACGACUAA